AUGGAAGAAAGCGAAAAAGAUAGCAUUGCUUACUCUGAAUCACCAUCCAGUUCUUUUUACAACGAAAAAACAAGCACAAGCAGAAGAAAAUCAAAUAAUUCAAAGAAUAGCACAUCAGGCGAAAAUUCUCGCCAUAAUUCUAUUUAUAGUGUCGGCAAAGAUAAAAUUGACAGAUUAAAAGCGGAGAUUGAGAGAUUAAAAGAAGUGAGUACGAACGACAAAAAAAGCAUUGAAGAAUUAUCCGCUAAUAUCGGGCAACUGAGAAAAGAAUUAAAAAAGCAACUGAUUUUAAAGGCCAAAGCCACCGACAAGGGCACUAAUAAUAUUAGUAAAAUCAGUUCUUUGAGUAAAGAUUUUGAAAGCGUUUCUCACAAAUAUAAAAAUCUGAAAUCGGUUGAGGACGAUACUUCUCCGAACGAGGAAAAUAACGAAAAUAAGCCGACACCAAUCAUAAUUAUUUCUGGUGAGACAGCAGAAGAAAAUGUGCCAUUCAUAAAAGAAAGAGAUUUAUCCGAAGAAGAAAAGGAAGAAAUUGAAGCAAAAGUCAACGAAUUGACCGCCCAAGCCAUACAUGAUUGA